AUGUCGGAAUCAAUCAACGCGGUCUACAUUGUCCUGCGCAAGGACUUCGACCACCACACAGACCGCAAGGGCCGCCUCGCGCUCCCCAUCGGCGCCGGCCAGGGGGCCCAGCUACGGCGACCCCCGGAGCACGACGAGAAGAACGGCCUGUACCACGGGACGUGCUACACGCGGGAGGACCGCAGAGACCAUUUCGAGGUCUGGGUCAAGAUGGUGAAGCUGGGCGAUGCCAAGGAGGGUUCGGGGGCGAUGGCGAAAAAGAGGAAGAGCGAUGGGGUCCUUGCCGAGGCGGAGAGGGAGCCGAAGAAGGCGUCGAAGGCGGACGCGAUCUUGAUAGGAUAG